CAAUACACAAAUUUCAAGUGACCCUAGUCCGCAAAAAACUUCGUUGAUCGUGUAUUUUUAGUUAACAAAGUUGACCAUGCAAUUGGAAAAGGUUCGAUGCUAUUAAUUGUCCCGCGAGUAACAAGGGGUUUUUGUGGAGUCGCACUUGUAGGACCGAGAGGCGGUCGAUGCCGGGCGGGGUUGUGCCAUACGGCCUCAGUGUGCCUCGCGUCCGCCCCCACGACGCUCGCCCGCGCCCGGUGCACUCGCCGCGACUCGCUGCGAUACCCCGCGACUCGCUCCGUCUCGCCCAGCAUCGCUCAGCCCGCCCGUCGCGGCAUGUAGGAAAAACGCUACAGAUCUGGUGACGAUGACAAAACAGAGCAACUGAAUACAUGAUGCUAAGCACAAGUGAUUAAUCAGAUAUUAGGUGGUGAUGGUGCUAUCACCAUGGGUAUGGCAUUUCUGGAUUACACUGCUCGUCUGUUCCACAAAAGAAGGAAGCGGUCAGGCCACGGACGUGGAGGUGAAGCUGACGGCGCCGAAGUGGGUGGCGCGCGGCGGCUCGGCCACGCUGCGAUGUCUCCACCAGGUCCCGCCGCAGCUCCUCUACAAGGUGGAGUUCCUGCGCUCCGAGUCCAAGCUGCUCCAGUACGUCCGCGAGCGAGUUCCGCCAUUCACUAACUACACAUUCCCUGGCGGGCGGUUGAAUAUGUCGUUAUCGACGGAGGACUCAAUCACCAUCGAGAACUUGGACCCUUCAGCCUCGGGCCUGUACUGGUGUGAGGUUUCCCUCGAGACGCCGAUCUUCACGGCCGCGUCAUCGCCCCACGAGCUGACUGUCGUCUAUGCGCAGAAGCACCCGCCGAUCAUAACGUUCGGUAAACCGGACGCGGUUGUGGGUGGACUGUUGCGGGCAAACUGCACCAGCGCUCCGGCGGCGCCCGCGCCGCGUCUCACUUGGUACAUUGAUAAUGAAAAGGUGGACGAAGAAUCCGUGCGAUACUUCUCCUACCGCGUAUCUAGUUCCACUCGUACGAAAGGUGGAGGGGGCUACCGGCACAGAAAGCAUCAGCACCGCUACAUUGCACCGGAAUUCAACUACACCGCUAAGUACUGGGCGCUCGUAAGCGAGACCACCGCCGCGCCGGUGCUCAACCACACCAAGCAUACCAAGUGCACGCUCAACGAACACAGCGAGGAUGCUGCCAAGAUCCGUGAGCGUCCUCGUGUACCUCCGGUGACGCCGAUCUCCCUGUGGGUGUCGGUGGCGGAGCUGCGUGCGCCGGCGCACGGCCGGCUACAGCUCACGUGCACGGCCACUAUCCCAGACAAAAUCGGUCCAGACGAACGUUACGCGGACAUCAAGAAACAAACCGUUACUGUUGCUGUGAAUGAGUUAAGUAUAAAGAGGCCACAUUCAGAUUCAAGCCAAGGGAAUUCAACCUCUACCUGCCUGCAGUAUUAUCGACCCCUUUGGUUACUCAGCUGGAGUCUGCUAGUCAACCAAUAUUUCUCACCAUCAGCCCUAGGAACUGUUGAGCUUUAAAUGGCAAACUUGAGCACCAAUUUAUAGUAAUUUGUUUUAUUCAAAGCGCAGGCUCUCAUCUGCUAUGCCGUAGCGCGUAGCAUCUUAAUUUAUAGUAAACACUUAAUGGUGCUGCGCGCACGAGACGAAGAAAAUGGAUGACUCGCACUAUGUGGGUUGACAUUUUUUUUUUUCGGUGAUAUACCUAUUUAUUUUAUAUGGCAAUAUUAACUUUGAACCGUAAUUACUUUAUACCCUCGUCUCGUCUCACGUUCAAGGUAAAUGGUUGUCCUGUUAUUUUUUAAGUUCCUACUCUGAUUCAACAGUUGCCUACGUUACACACGUUUUGCUUCUUUAGUCAUUGUUAUCAAAAUAUUGUAAGAUUGAAUCGUUGUUGUUUUUUAAUACUUUUACGGCAUUACUUAAGUGUCUAUAGCUUAACUAGAGCUCAUAUUUUUAAUAGUUAUAAAAAUGUCUACAUUUAUAAUUAAAAACAUACCUAGUCAAUUAUUAUUUUACCUGAGCUUUUUACAAUGUAAGUCAAUUAUACGACUUUAUACUUGAUCUUAUUCUUCUCCGACAGGGUUCAUAAAACAACUUUAAAUAAUACUUAUAGCUCCAAUCUAUUCCCUAGAUAAAACGCAUUUUAUGCCUUAGAAUAUUAGCAUCAUUUGUUUGUAUUUGGAAACUAGGUUCAUUUCAUGUCAUCCACGAUGACGCGCAGAUUUGUCAAAUGUAACCUUAAAUAACAUGACCAGGCACGCGUCUUCGUGAGUGAUACGAUGUAUACACCAAAACCACAAAGGUUUUUGCUACCUAUAUAUAUAGAAAGAAACAUCCUGCGAUUAAAAAAAAAAAAACUCUUGAAAUUGUUAAAACAGUUUUAAAAUUACCGUUGGAAAAGUUAAACACUUGGUUCCAACUAAUAACUACCUAACUAUGAUGCCAUUGGGCAAUGCUAUUAUAAUCUAUUAACAGAAUA